UCAUGAGGGAGCAUAUGAAAAUGUUGGCAAGCUACAGGUACCUCACUUAAGUACGCAAUUCCAACUUCAUGCCAUACAUUGUUAUAUAUUUUAACGGGCCAAAUUCUCCUUUGCGAAAUUGUAUUAAAGAGUGGGCUGGUGCUGUCAGUUGAAAGAAAUGGCGUGUUUCAUUGGCCAUUAAAAAGAAACAAACAGCAAGUCAAGAGGGACCUUUUCCUCCUGCUUGCCCCGCGGGCUGGUGAGAACGAAAUGCUGCGCCUGGGUUUGCGCCCACUCUCAAGGCGCCAGGGCUACACAUGCGUCUGCUGGAGGAGAAGUGCGCAGAGAACAUUCUCCAAUGGCUCCUCGGUCCGCGGCGAGUCUGCGCUCCCGCCUGGCACCCUUGCUGCUCUUCCUGCAGCUGGGGUUCAUUGUCAUGUAUGCCCUUUUCACUGAGAUCCAAAGCAAAGUAAGCGUAGAUGGAGAAACCUUCGCCAACGUUUACCCCGAGUUCCAGGAUGUGAAUGUGAUAGUGACCCUAGGUUUCGGCUUCUUGGGGACUUUUCUAGUGCGGUAUGGUUUCAGUGCCUCUGUGUUCAGCCUGCUUGUGGCAGUCAUGGCCACCCAAUGGGCAAUGUUACUCAAUGGUAUUGAGUCGUACAGAGGAAAGAUCAGGCUCGAUGUGCAUAGCUUGGUAGAUGCUGAAAUGUGCACAGCCUCAGUCCUCAUUUCAAUGGGUGCCGUGCUGGGGAAGACCAACCCUGUUCAGCUCAUCCUCAUCUCCCUGCUGGGGGUGUCAGGGUUUGUCUUGAAUAAAUGGGUCCUCCAGACUCUGCUGAAGGUCCAGGUGUUGAAAAGCAUCAUGAUGCUUCACAUCUUUGGGGCAUUCUUUGGACUCAUGCUGGCCUGGAUCCUGUAUCGGAAAGGUUCAGAACAGCAAUUUGAAAAAGAGAAAUUUGACCACAAAACAGGAUUAUUCUCCAUGUUGGGGACUGUGUUUCUCUGGAUGUUCUGGCCCAGUUUUAACUCUGUCCUUGUGGACGAUGGUACUCCUGGGAGGAAGCUAGGGGUCGUGUGCAGCACCUACCUGGCCCUGGCUGUCAGUGCUGUAACAGCAGCUGCUGUGUCCGUGCUCUCCAGUCCCAAGGGAAAACUCAACCUGAUCCAUAUGCAGUCGUGCAUCCUUGCCGGUGGUGUUGCUGUUGGGGUCUCCAUGUCAGUGAUUCAUCAGCCAUGGGAAGCCAUGACAAUUGGAUUCACUGCUGCUGUUGCAUCAAGCAUUGGACACCGAUACCUCAAGAUCCACAUGCUACUUGCAUUUCAAUGCCAUGACACCUGUGCUGUUCUCAGUACAUACGGCCUCCCUGGUCUACUGGGAUGGCUAGCACAUCUCCUCCUGCAGAUUAAAAACUUGGAUGAUCACACAACGGCAAUCCGGUUUGCUGUGUUUCACAUUUGUUCUCUCCUCAUCACCAUCACUUUAAGCAUGUCCAUGGGAAUCAUUACAGGACUUCUAAUCAAAUGGAACUUCUGGAGACCACCCCAAAACAAGAAAUAUUUUGAUGAUCAGGCUUACUGGGAGUUUCCCAAUCUUGCAAAGGGCAAGUAAGAAGGCGGAGAGAGAAGUUGAGCAAGUCUGGAAUCCUGGAAAUACUAUUUUCGGCAUUAUUUCAUGUCAAUGUAUAUAAUGUCAUGCGAUAUUUCUUAUUUUUUAAUACAAAGUAGUUGUUAGACGUUGUUUGCAAGUGUGUGUGUGCAAGCCUGGGACAAAAAUUAAGGUUUAACGAGACAAGCAUGAAUGGAAGACUCAUUUUCUGUUCAGUAUGUUUAUGUUUAAUGCUGCCAUAGUUGUCAGAUAAUGACCUCAUGUUUUGGAGGUUACACAAGCAAAAUGGAAAAGUGUGGCAGUCAAAUACAAAUCUCCAGUACACAAACAACAUCCUACAGUUGUGAAACCUUUGUUGACUUCAGGUCAGCAGUGUGAGCUAAUGAACCUUUUAACAAUAAAUCUGGA